CACCUCCUGUACUUGCACAUGGACUUCUUGAAUCAUCGAAUAAACCACUUCAAUCUCCACUUCUGUCCCUUUUGCAAUUCCUUCUUUACUGGCAACACUAUUGACCUUCUCAGCCCGCAGGACGAUAGAGAAGAUGCCCGCCACCGCCGUCACCAGAACCUCGCGCCGAGGCGCAGUCUCAAAGGUGACAUCUGCGAAGUCGAGAUCCGUUCCUCAGAAGAAGCCCACCCUUCCCAGCCCGGAAGAGGCUCGUGUUCUCGAAGAGCUGGAACAAGAUCAGUACACAUUGAAUCGGACCAAGCAGUGGGUAGCGUCACUCUCUGAUGGCAAAGCUGAGACCGAAACCUCUCCUCUGAUCCCGAUGUCCAAAUCAGUCUCUUCCAAGCCCGCCGCAACGAAACUCUCAUCUACGACGACCAAGAGUCCAAAGCAGAAGAAAAAGCCCGAGCAGGAGGAGGAGAAGCGGCUGAGAAGAUUUCGAAGCAAGCCACCAGCCUCAUUCCUUGUCAAGCUGCAAAGAGCCAGGACUCAGCGCAUGGUCGUUCUGGGACGCAGACGAGUCACGCAAAAUGGUGCCCCUUGCGAACACGUUGACAUCGUCGGCUCAACGGGAAAUGUCUAUGAGGUCUUUGUCUGCCACACACCCACUUGCACCUGUCCAGAUGCGCUCAAGGGCAACGAGUGCAAGCACAAAGUCUAUGCCCUGAGCACCGUGCUCAAGGCUCCAGAACACUUACAGUAUCAACUCGCCUUGCUCACCACCGAGCUUGAAGAAAUAUUCGCGAAUGCACCUCCUAUUCCCACGGAUAUCGGAGAAGAGGAGGACUCCAAGGGCAAUCGCAAACCGACCGACGGCGAAUGUCCAAUCUGCUACAUGGAUCUUCACCCGGAGCACAACAAACUUGUUUGGUGCAAGGCACAAUGUGGACACAAUCUGCACAAAUCUUGUUUCGAUCAAUGGGCUGCCAGUAUGGCUGGAAAAGAAGUCCGUUGUGUGUACUGUCGGACACCCUGGGAACUCGACGUGGGCGACUCUGAAGCUAUCAAGAAGGCUGGGGAGUACAGUGCUGAUGGUUAUGUCAAUGUUGCACAACAGUUUGGCAUGUCGAGGGCCCGGGACUACACAAGUUAUCACCAGCCUUGGGUGCGGCGACAGUUUGGGGUUGGCUGGUGAUGACCGGUUAGCAAGCUGCUAGGUUAUGGAAAAUCGACUGAAGGCUGGAUGUACAGGACCCAGGUGGUCCAGCACCAGGCAUCUGAAUGCCUUUGUCUCACUGGAGGUCUAAUAAGCGGGUUCACCCGGGGGUCGGCGACGAGCUGGUCUCACCAUCGAUUAUGGCGUCCCACAAGGUGGGGAGACUGCACAACACAUUCAUGCUAUGACCUGGAAGAAGCGUACGAAUUGUUAUCAUUUUGUUGGGCAGCUCUCUUCGCUCAUUUCGUACCAUAAUUGAUACCCAACACUAAGACAGAAAUAAAAGAAUGGAAGAAAGUGCUACUAGGUCA